AUGUGGCGCACGUCGACGGCGCUCGUGCGCUGCAACGGCCCGCGCCCGUUCCGGCAGACGUCGUCCCUGUCGACAGCUGCAGCUACUGCAAACGAAGCUGCGGACGCCACUGCUGCGACUGCGCACGGGCCGCCGGACGCGACGAAGAAGCGCACGGGCGUACUGGCCGUUAAGAUUGGGAUGAUGCCCGUGUGGGACUAUUUUGGCUACCGGCACAAUUGUACGGUGCUGCACGUCGAAGAGUGCCAAGUGACGCAAGUGAAGACGGCCGAUCGUCACGGCUUCAGUGCCUUGCAGCUCGGCGUGGGGCUCCGCAAGCCCAAGAACGUGAGCAAACCCGUGCUGGGCCACUUGGCCAAAGCAGGGGCGCCCGCCAAGCGCCAAUUGCAAGAGUUUCGCGUGUCAGAAGACGCGCUGCUGCCGCUCGGAACGACGCUGUCUGCGCUCCACUUUACGCCUGGCCAGUACGUGGACGUGUGUGGCACGAGCAAGGGCAAGGGCUUCCAGGGCGUCAUGAAGCUGCACAAUUUCGCAGGUCAGCCGGCGUCACACGGUAACUCCAAGACGCAUCGCCACAUGGGAUCGACGGGUCAGUGCCAAGAUCCGGGAAAAGUGUUCAAGGGCAAGAAAAUGCCUGGCCGCAUGGGUAACAAUCGUGUCACGCGCGACAAUCUCUGGAUCGCCAAGAUUGACGUGGACCGCAAUCUCCUCUACGUUAAGGGCAGUGUCCCCGGGAACAAUGGCGGUAUCGUCCGUGUGACGGACGCUCGCAAGAAGAAGCCAGCGGCGCCGCUUCCAUAUCCGACGUUUAUCCCCGUGGACGGUGAGACGCUGCCGGCUGAGAUGCUCGCGCCUCAUGGUGAUGUCGAUCCGUACCAUUACGACGAGAACUAG